AUGGUUGCAAGGGCGUCCGGCUGCCAUUGCAGGCUGGAUAGCCAUGGGAGGAGAGGAGAGGAUGAAUCGUCGGUCACUUCGUUCUCACGCGCCCGCAGGGUUUUUCUCCUAAGCUUCACCUUUAUUUCAACCUCCUACAAAACCACCUUCGCUUUCGAUCAUCCCCUCCACUCGGCCAUACUGGCAUGCUUUUUUGCGGGAACCUCCCUCUUGAUUCUGAGCAGGUUCAUCCAUCGGAUACCCAAGGUCUCUUCCUCUGUACAUAAAUAUUCCGCCAUACCCCUCGCCGAACGCGACCAACCCCUCGAAGAACCGUUUUCGCCCGUCAGCCUGGACAGCAACAGCAGCUUUUCUCUCAAUCGAACGCGCAACGCAACUCGAUGGAUCAAACCAGGCUUACUGUCCGUGCUGGGUUGCAUACGGGUCGCCCUGUAUCGCGACAUCACUGCCAACAUCGAAUGCGCCCCUGAUGGAUAUGCAUACUCGAUCCCGUUUCUCGUGGCGCUCUAUGAUUAUUGGCGCAAUCAGCGCUCCCGACCGGUCCAGGAAUGGUCCGCCCCUGAGCGCCCGCAGAAUGCGCAGCUCCGCGCGAUAGUCGCCUGUGUCAGUCGCGUGAACUCUUUCCUGUUCCGGGGCCGCUUCAGAUACAUCAUAUCGGCUUGCUUUCUCUUGGCCAGCGGCUAUCUCAUCACGACUUUUGGGGACGGCUUGCAGUCGACUUAUAUCUGCCCCAUCACAUCUAGUGCCCAUCUGCGACUGCGUGCGUUUAAAAUCCUGGCGACUAUUAUCGACUCAUUGAUUCUGAUAGGCGCCGCGGAGUUGGCGUGUGAAGGGGCUCGAUCCGGGGAAAGCCGAAGGAAGCAUGCUCUAGUCUCCUGGGGCUGGAGUUUACUGGGAGUCGCCGUGUUUUACACGAUCCUCGUAGCCAUUCUGACAGCCAGAUCCACCGAGGACGAGUUCGUGAGCACUCAAUAUCUGCAAAGUGCGGUGGGCCAAGGGGUGCUGGUUGCGUGUGUGAUAGUAUCGGCCUCUCAGCUAAUUCCUUACUACGGUGUCGCUGGGCUUGCAGUACUGGCGGGCUUCAUCUCUCUAUUUUUUAUGUGGGCGUCGGCUCUGUUCAACGGGCAGCAGCCGUUCCCACUGAUCGUUGCCUCCCGCGCUUUCGCGGCUCUAUUUUUCACCUUUGCAGGAGGACUGUCGUUUCUCCACUCUCGGACGGCUUCGGAGGAGGAACCGCAAUUUCUAUAUAGGUUCAAUAUUGCCAUGCGAAUCAUUUUCACCGCACUAGUCGGAAUCGGGCUUGUUCUCGUCACGCAGCAACACAGCGCCGCCCAUCUACAUCCUAUCGACUUGCUCAUCUACGAGGGCAGGCAGCAUCAUGAUCAAUGGCUUGCUCGGGCCAACAGCAGCCAGAACCUUGCGGAUGCCGUCAAGCAGUACCGAGUGCAAUACAACCAACAUCCACCACCGAACUUUGACAAGUGGUACGAAUACGCCGUGAACCGAUCAUCCCCCGUCAUCGACGACUUCGACCAAAUAUACAACAACCUCCUGCCGUUCCGUGCGUUACAGCCUGCGCAGAUCCGGGAGCUCACGCAGAAAUUGGCCACCAACCCGUACAACGAGAUUGGCGCGAUCAGCAUCCGCAACGGCACAGCCCGGGUUCAGGAAGGGAUCAAGCCAACCCAUGCGUGGAUGGUGAUCAGCGCCUCCAAGAUGAUUGAGAAAUUCUCCGAGUACCUCCCGGACAUGGACCUGGCCUUCAAUCUCAACGACGAGCCGCGGGUCACGGUUCCCUGGGAGAGGGUAUCGGCCUUGCGACAGCAGGCGAGGUCGUAUGGCCUGCCCGCAGAGGACAGCAUCCUGCCCGAAUGGUCGGCUGACCGCGACGACCAAUGGGGCCCCAUCGAGCCCGCCGACCAGACGCAAGAGACCUUGUUUGUCGACCAGUCCUUCAAGCACAUAUUCGAUCGCUACGGGAGCUCCACCUGCCCACGCUCCUCCAAGGCCCGCACCCAGCGCAUCUGGGACCGCCGACACCUCUGCCUCAGCUGCAUCCGACCCCACUCCUUGGGCGAGUUCCUAUCCGACUGGGCGAUGGCCACCGACAUCUGCCACCAGCCCGACCUCGCCUCCCUGCACGGGUUCUUCCUCUCGCCCGCCUCCUUCAAAGUGACCGAGGACCUGACCCCGGUAUUCAGCCAGAGCACCAUCGGCGGAUUCAACGACAUCAUCUUUCCCAGCCCCUGGAACUACGUCGACAAGAUCGAAUACAAGCCCUCGCCCGACCACCCAGACGCCAACUACACCGAUAAGGCAAACAAUCUCUUCUGGAUCGGCAGCACCUCCGAAGGCAUCAGCAGCCACGGCGAAUGGAAGGGCACUCCACGCCAGCGCCUCGCGCACCUGGUCAACAACAACACCAUGAACAAAGUGUCCGUCUUCCUCCCCACCCAAGAACAAGACACCUACCGCUACGAGAUCCUGGACGGCCGCGCCCCGUCCGAACAACUCCACCUCGACACCAGCGUCGACGUCAUCGAUGUCGUCCGCUGCCGCAACCACGACUGCGACGACCAGCGAAAGGAGCUCGUCCCGGGCUCCCGCGUCGACUUCCAAUCCCACUGGCAGCACCGCUACCUGUUCGACUCCGACGGCGCCGGCUUCAGCGGCCGCUUCCUCCCCUUCAUGCAGAGCCACAGUCUCCCCUUCAAGACCGGUCUCUUCCGCCAAUGGUUCGACUCCCGCAUCACCCCCUGGCUGCACUUCGUGCCCAUCGACGUCCGUCUCCACGGUCUGUGGAGCACCCUCGCCUAUUUCGCGGGCGUGGAUACCUCCACCAUCGGCAACAACGGAGACGGUGUGCCUCCGCACGAUAUCGAGGGAAAGUGGAUUGCCGAGGAGGGGCGGAAAUGGGCCAAUACCGCCAUUCGGAAGGAGGAUAUGGAGAUCUAUUUUUUUCGUCUCCUCUUGGAGUGGGGCCGCUUGACGGAUGAUCAGCGAGAUUUACUGGGAUUUACUAUGACGACCGCCUAG